AGACUAUACCAGAGGUCGAGAUCACUCCACAAGGAGAAGGGGAGAAUUGGGCACGUAUAAGCUCCAAAUUUCCAUUAAUGGCUUUGCUGCAAAAAUGAUACUAGAAUCUUUGUAGCUGAAAACCCAAAUUUCAAACUGGGAAAAAUGAUGGUGGUGCAGGUGAGAAAUGGAGGCUGGCCUUUUGCAGCUCCUUCUCCGCUCCCAAAACCUAGGAGAUUUCAGCUACUGGCUCAAGCUUCUAUUCCUUCAACAACCCAAAGGAUAAUGGAGAAAUUGCCAAUGAGUGGGGAAGUUGGUGGUGCUGGCGGUGCAUAUUCAUACAAUGCUUUAAAAAGAUUGGAUAAUUUGUGGACUAGCAUUUGCUCUGCUUCAUCAGUUGUGCAAGAACCUCAGCAAGUAGUUUCCAGUGUUCCUGGUCGGUUUCGAGAAUCAGAGAUGUCUGAGAAGUGUGGUGAUGUGUUUGAUGUGGUGGUUUGUGGUGGUACAUUGGGGGUUUUCAUUGCUGCUGCUUUGAGCUCUAGAAGCCUUCGUGUUGGGAUUGUCGAGAAGGGUAUACUCAAAGGGAGAGAGCAAGAAUGGAAUAUAUCCAGAAAAGAGCUUUUGGAACUUGCUGAAGUCGGUGUUCUAACAGAAGACGACAUUGAUUGUGUUGUUGCAGCUAGUUUCAAUCCCAACAGAUGUGGAUUCGAAGGGAAAGGCGAGAUUUGGGUUGAUGACAUUCUCAAUCUUGGUAUUUCGCCUGCCAAGCUCAUAGAAAUCGCAAGAAAACGGUUUGAAUUCCUUGGUGGUGUCGUAUUGGAGGGUUGCAGUGUAUCGAACAUAUCAAUCUACGAGGAUGCAUCUGUGUUACAACUAUCGGAUGGAAGGAUUUUAUCUUCACGUCUCAUUAUUGAUGCAAUGGGAAAUUUUUCUCCUGUUGUUAGACAAAUUAGACGAGGAAGGAAGCCGGAUGGCGUCUGCCUAGUGGUUGGCUCUUGUUGCCGUGGUUUCAAAGAGAACACCAUGAGUGACGUCAUAUUCAGCAGUGCUUCAGCGAAGAGUGUUGGAAAGUCAGUAGCACAGUACUUCUGGGAGGCGUUUCCUGCUGGCUCGGGGCCUCUUGAUCGAACCACGUAUAUGUUCACCUACCUCAACCCAGAACCCGGAUCUCCCCUGCUGGAAGAACUGCUCGAAGAUUACUGGGAACUGAUGCCAAAGUAUCAAAAUGUAUCUCUUGACGAUCUAGAGGUCUUGAGGGUGAUAUACGGCAUUUUUCCUACUUAUUGUGACAGCCCGUUGCCAGCUGCUUUUGAUCGCGUUCUACAGUUUGGGGAUGCAAGCGGCAUACAGUCCCCCGUUUCGUUUGGAGGCUUCGGGAGCUUGACAAGGCACCUCGGAAGAUUAUCAGCAGGUAUACAUGAAGCAAUCAACAAUGAUCUUCUUGAUUCCAAGAGCUUAUCGUUGCUAAAUCCAUACAUGCCAAACUUGAGCUCGUCGUGGCUGUUUCAAAGAGCCAUGUCCGCGAAAAGGCACUCCAAUGUUUCGCCUACUUUCAUAAACGAGCUUCUUUAUGUCAAUUUCGCGUGCAUGGAGAAGCUAGGAGAUCCGGUGCUUAGACCGUUUCUUCAGGAUGUCAUACAAUUUGGCCCUCUUGUCAAGACAUUAGGCCUAGUGAUGCUAUCUCGACCUCAAAUCUUGCCAUCGAUUUUUGAGCAGGUUGGAAUACCAGUGCUUCUUGACUGGUUGGGACACUUUGUGAUGCUUGGAUCCUACACAUUCCUCUCUUCUUACGCCGACCCCUUGAUUAGGCCAUUGUUGAAGAGAUUUCCAGCAAGAAUGAGAUAUGAAUGGAAUCAGAAGCUUGAGGCUUGGAAGUAUGGAUCUGGUCUAGAUUAUGAAAAUUAACAAAAAAUGAUCACAUUUUAAACAUAUUUUUAGUAGUUUUUAGUGUAAUUUGGCGCUAAUGUCAAGAAAUGCUGUUCUUUCUGUUUGGAAAUUAUAUUGCAUUCUCAUCUUA